CCGAUCCGUGGUCGUAUUUCAAUAUGGUAGUGCGUAAUUUCUAGUGCGACGAAGGGAACAAAACGUUGGUUUUUGAAAUGGGUAUCAGAUUCUGUAAUGUACAGAAGUGACCGCAGAAAGAUGAGCACACGUUCAAAUCAUUUAUUAUAACGUGUCAUGUAUUGAAACAUUAUGGCGGUAAAUGAAACGGAGGCAGCUGAGAAUAGCAUGGAGAUCCUUGAAGCAAGGUUUAUACAUUUGCUUAUGAAAAAGGAAUAUCGCAUAUCGCGUAGCAUUCGCAUGCAGUGGUUCCUGGAACAUCUGAACAAAACGAUUACUGUCCCACACUUAGUGGAUCUGAGUGCAGCAAGUGGAACACAGGAUGAAUUGGAGCCUGAAUUGAAAGUACUUUCUGUGAUUCCUCAUGAACAGCCACCAGAAUGGAAACCCGAAUCUAGUCACAUGUACAAAUAUCUUGUCACCGCUCAUUCCACUAUAAUCUUCUUGACACACAAUUAUUGCAUUGUCUAUUGUCUGGACAUGAGUCCUUCCCUGUCAGCUGUGGAUAUACAGCAUGGACAAGUAAUGAUUGAUGGUAUUUUUGCAUCUUUAAAAAGAAGUCUUGAUGGACUGACAAAACCAUUUAUUAUCCCGGGUUCAAACUUUGUUUUUGAACCAGAGAUCUGUGUCACUGUGAUCGCUCAUACACCAUUCUUCACAACUCCUGCACAGCAGUUGGAGAGACUUGAGAACACCGUGGCUAAUGUUGCCGGCAUUGCGUAUGAUCAGCUGGAAGCUCUCAGGGCCGAAUCUGAAAAGUUAGUGGGUGGACUCUUUGAGGAAAGCAGCGAUGGAGAGAUGGUACCACCCCCAGCAGCUCGAGUACCGAUGGUGGCGCCCGAUGCUGGAUUUGUGAACAUGCUCAGAUAUGGCAUGCUGGCCCUGCGUCUCUUACCUGAGAGCAGCUGUAAAAGUAUGAUAGUUGUGACAGAUGGGGUCGUAGCCAGCCCAGACGUAAAUGUGCUCGAUUCAGUAUUGGCACAACUUCGUAGUGGUACGGUGUCCUGUUCCUUUCUUCAUGUGGGCUCACCCUUCCAUCCACACUGUUGUUCUGGUCUUGUUCCUUAUGUGGAUCUUAUGCAGUUUGUGGCAGAUGCAACUUGUGGAGCUUAUCUCAAUAUGAUUCCAGAAGUUGACUCUGAUUCAAAAGGGACCAUGAAUGUUUAUCAUGAUAAAUUUCUGAUGUGGAGGUUCCAGAAAGUUAACUGCGGAUCUAUGUCAUUGAUGUCGAAUUGUUCCCCUACUCUGUCAUCACAACAAGCAGGCGAGUGGCGUGUAAGCAAUGCCUGUUUCUACGGGAGUCGUGAACCUCUUCUACUUAGAAAGAAACAAGAAAAAGAUAACUUGGCAACAACAUUGCUCAGUGUUCUGUGUUGCCGAUUACGAGAAGGAUAUACUAUCAAGAAUAUUAAUAUUCGCGAAAACCAUGUGGAGGUGAGCCUUGUGUUGCCCUGGAAGAACCACAUCUAUAUUGAAUAUACAGUCAGCUGUCAGUGGCCACCGUCAUCAUCUGAUAGUGUGCGUCCCAGUUCCAGCCCACUGUCUGCGCCUGGUGGCUCUAGUCCAUGGGUGUAUUCUGGGUGUGGUGUCGUACACUAUUCCAUUUCCAUUGAUGCGCCAUAUGAAUUUCUUCAUGACAUCACAUGCCCGUUGAAGAAGCAAUUUAAGUCUCAGUACCGACAGGCUGUGGUGUCUCGCUUCUGGACCACUCUGAAAAAUCUGAGUAGAUCAGAUCAGUUGCUAGUGCAUCUGAAUUCUUUUCCUAGCAACCCUGCGACGUACACCAUUCCUGAGAGCAUACGUAGUGGGAUGCCAGUAUUCUACCUGCUUGCAAACUCCUCGAUUCCAGUACUGUCUGCAAGUGAUAUGACUUGCCCACAGUUUGCCCAGUUUUGGAAGUCCAUAUGUCUCUUGGAACCUUCUGUGUGGAAAAAGUGGCUUCAUACGCAUCGUAUAGGACUCGUCCUCCAGCAUGACCGGCCUCUACCCCGAUACUUACACUUGGCUUAUUCUAGUGGCCGUUUUCAAGUCGUGCAGUGUCGCCAGGCAGCUGCAGCGCUGUAUUCUUUACUGAAAGACUGGAGUACCUUCGUACUCAUAGAGAAUCACUCAUAUGUAAAACUGAUUUAUAGGGAUGCUGAGAAACCUCCAACUUCCUUCUACAUUAUUCGAGUUACAUCGAAACUUCCCUGUGUUGUCAUACAUGUUGCUUUCCUAAAUGGUACUCCAGGAUAUCUGCGUUAUAAGACAGUUCAGCAGCUGAAGGACCGUAUCGCCCAAUUGACUUUCCCACAGCGACCAUCAGUAAAGGAACCAACUGUGAGGAAAGUUACACGGUCCGCAGCCGCUUAUGCAUCGGCACGCCAGUUACAAGAACAGGCACAGCAGCCGUCUCCAACACAACAGCGACCAAGAAAGUGGUCAGACGUCAGUUGUGUUCUUCUUCAGAAGCCCGUAGAGAAGAUUCUCAUUAGGUAUGAGCGGAUGCCAUCUGAUUUUGGGACUGUUAUAUUUCCGGAUGGGACAAUGCCGUUAGCACCUGCAAGUCAAACCAAGUCACGAACUGCAGGCGGAGGUCUCCUUACGACAUUGUCACGUUACUUGCAUCACCGGCGCUGGGUUUGGGCAGCUCAGAGUGGAGCCGACGCAGAAGAAGAAGCUAUUGCUCGUGUGCUAGCCACAAUCACAAAAAUGCGUCUCCAAGAGGGAUUUAGCUUUGCUCAUUCUACUGCUGGAAUCAUCAACAUGGUUUUAGAAGUGCAGAUGAAGGGUGAGGCAUGCUGUGGAGCCAGUCAUUUGGAGGACAUUGGGAAUGGAAACCGCAAUGAAGACGAGAAGUGGAAGGACAGUCUGCGGCCGUGUGUCAUACAGUAUGUGAUGUUUCCACCUCACACCACUUCCAGUAACAGCAAGGAAAGUGGCUCAGAGGAUGAUGGAACAGAUGAAGUGGAAGUUCUGGAAGCAGAAAGUGAUGGGGAGUUACAGAUUAUAACGGAAUGUUGGAUAGAACCACAGCAUGGUCUGGUGGUGAACUGCCCGCCAGAGAGGGACUACAUGGAGCACCUGCCAUACCACAAGCUAGCUGAUGUGAUUUGCCGAGUUGAUGCUGAAUGUAUUUCAUCUCUUCUUACCUUUCAACACCUUAGCCUGAUGUGUCGCAAUGCCAGAGUCCGAUCCCCAAUUGGAAUUUCACCUCUGAAUGGGGUAGCAAGAAGUUCUCCACUUGAUCCAAUUGGGUACAGCCCAAAUGUGGUCACCUUGGCAGAACAAAGGAUUCACUAUAUACCAUUCGCCUUCAAUCUUAUGAAUAUUCUUCCAAAAUGCCAACAAGCUGAACUGCUGUUCUCUAUGUUUAUUCAAGAUUUUAGUUUCAUUGGCAGCUCAGACUCGCUUGCGGCAACAGCAGAUGCUCCCAACAAGCUACUCAGUGAACUGCUCUUUGAGCAGCUAAAGCAGAUUCAUGACAAGGAGCUGCAUCUGACGCUGGAUGAUUCUGUGUGGUUUCUGCAGCUGCUACAGACGAGACAGCGCGAUGGGGCUGCUUACUCGCUUCCUAUCCCCCUACCUCAGUCUCGUCAUCCAGCGAGGAAGAUUGAAGAUACAGAUCACCAGAAUCAUUCCUGUGGAAACAGUGUAGCCUCAGAGGCCACAGUGUGUGACAAAAUUGGUAAGGUUCCGUUGCUGGUACCCAAGUGGCGAUGUUUCCUGAAAGGCGUCAGCUCAACUCACAUUGUUUUGACCUUUGUGCCUGCCAGCUACAGUGACCUCAAACUGCUUAUGUUGCCUGAACAGUCACUGGAUGAAGCACAUUCGAAUGCUUUGAAGCUGAUAGUGUUGCCUCCAGGGCAGAAUGGAACAGAAGUAAUGAGUGCUGCUAAGACUGAUGUGUGGGCUGACACCAGUUCUGUUUUGCCAAUAAAGAAUACUCCGAUUCUUCCCUCAGUAGAUCACAAUACUUCAUUUCUCUCUCGAAGCUCUUCAUGUGACACUUCAUACAUCUUUAGCAAACUUCCAUUUGCCAAUCAUCUUAGGUCUGAUUCGUGCUCCCCUCUCUCAUUUGAUCAGCCUGAGGUUACAAACAAUCCUCCAUUUCGAAUGAGGGCCAGUUCCUGGGACACUGUCACAAAACAUGCUCGUGAAAGCUGGGAUCGCAUCCGCACAGGAUCCAUAGACUCAAAAAUUAAAAUGAAGCAGCCUUUCAUUGGACCAUCUCUGAGGUUACGUGAUGUAGCGACAGACGUGGAAGAAAACAAGAGCUGUCAUGGAAAAUGCCCUUUCUCUUUGUCACAAAAUGUUACCUCUGCUCCUCCUAAUCCAUCUCCGGAUUUGAACUCGGAGCAUGGACUCUUACACGUUCCAAAAUAUGGUGCCAUUACACUGCCAGUAUAUGUGUAUGACUGUCCCUUGGCCAAGUUGAUGGAUGUUCUGGUGUACAGAGACACAGAUGCUGAAUGUGAUAAUAAAGUUAGCCAAGACAUAUACCAAGAUAGAACUUUCAAAGUGCCUGUUGUUACAAAUCCUAUGCAAAACCAGACUCGAGGUGAUGUUGAAUUGAGAACAGGUGCAGGGACAGUUGAUGGGGGAGAAACAGAAUCGCAUCGAAUAGCGAUGGAUGAAGUGGUGACUCACGCAGCUGCAAAGCAUACGAGUCCUGAGCCAAAGUCAGAAGAUUCUGAUGGAGUACCAGAUAUUCCAAGUCUCAGUCAGCACUGCAGGGUCAUUAGCCUUGCAUAUUACAAGGUUUUUGUUUCUUCCCUCUUCAAGUCACUUCAUUUGAAUAACACAGUCCAUGCUCUGGAUGUCCAGGCGGCUGUGGGUGAGUGUGAAGAAGCUCUCAUAGAGAUUGACAUCACCAAUUUCAUACAGACUGUCUGUGGACACCUGAAGGAUUUUUGUAUGAAGGCAAGAGUGGACGGAAUGAAGCACAAGAGCAAUGACAACAGUCCGCAGCAUGAACUGAAGCCUGCACACGUAAGUGGAGAGUCGGGACAGAAUGCUGCGGCAGAGGCAGAUGUGGAACCCAAGUUUCCUCUGCUGUUACUGCAGACUCAUGCUCCAUGCCAGCAACUUGAACUCCUGCACAAACAGAUCAAGGCCAAAUUUAUGCAGAUCCUCACCGUCAUGUUCAGGCCGGUUCCUUGUCACCCAGAGUUCUACUUCUGUACUUCAAAUUGUGAAAAGAAUCAGUUGGGAGAUCAAGUUGAACUGAAUGAAGAUGAUGGUCAAGCUCAGAAACCAUCAGAAUUAGAUUACGAACUGGACAAUGUGACUUUCCAUUCGGAAAUUGCGGAGUUCAGAUCAGAACAUGGUAGUGUCAUAGGAAUGUGGGGAGGCCAGGGCAGACUAGUGACCCCAGACGAUGCCCGCACGUCACUGCUGUCUAACAUGGACUCGGACAGUGUGAGUGACUUGCAUGAUGAAGAAACCUCAGAAGAAGUUUCACCUCUUUUCCUUCAUCUGACAUGUUCAGUUCGUUCAAAGGGGACGCUCAGUCGUUGUUCAGUUCAUGUAUUACCAACUUGUCUUGGUGAACUGGUUCAGUCCCGGGAUUCGGAUGAGACCGAGCUAGACCUGAAAGAACUGAGAGUGGCCCUUGACAUUGUGUGCCUCACACUUCCAGUUGAAAUGGAAACAGAAGUUGUGGAUGAAGAUAACUUAAAGCAUCUCAGCAAAGCCUCUCCUGUUUUCCCCCCAUCUCUGCCUCGUGGGGAGGAAUGUGAUGGGCUUGAAACAGAUGAAUGUGAAGCACCAAAUUGUCUGGGUGGCAGUGUUAGUUCAGGAGACUGUUCAGCGUCCCCUGAUCCACAACUUCCAGGUGAACGAGAAGGGGCUUCUCACCUUAACAUGCUCCACCAAUUGAAACAUCUGCCUGAAUAUCAACUUAAAGCUGUUAUAGCCUCAGUGGAAAAGAUUGAGUGGUUGAUGCGUGAUGAGAUUGCUGCCUUCCUGCUAGACACAUUUCCUUUGGACAAGAAUACGUUGGCCUUUGUUGCUAACCAUGUUGCUAGUUCACCAGAUCAGCCAAGUUGUUUAAUGGAACGUGUUCCAUUGUAUUUUGUUUUUGAACCAGAACAGAGCCUUGAACGCUUCCUGCAGGAUUUCCAGAACUUAAGCUUGAAUGGAUACCAUUUGUGUGAAGAAGAUCAGCUGUACUACCUUGUUCGCGACAAGCGUUCAACUUCAGAAGCUAUCACUGGAGUGGUGGCCUGCAAGAGAAGUGGCUCUAUGUUGCUUCCUGCAGCAGGCAUAAAGCUACAUCAAGGACACGUGGCACAGCAUACAAAAUUAUGGACUGAUAUUGGAUGCCCGCCAACAGCUGGUUCAAGUGAUGAGAAUGUUCUUGUCAGUGACAACUUUCUUCAGACUUUAGAAUCAAAUGUCCCAGCAUCAGGUUGUAGCAGGGAACGAGAUGACAGUGACACCGAUGAAGAAUCAAGGCCACAGGCCCAACCGAGGCCUCGACCAAAGUCUAAACAGUUGGGUGCUACUGGUGUGAAGCCAGAGAGUACUGAAGGAGACUGGCAGGCGUUACAGGUUCACGCUUCCCCGGUUCCUUGUGUGACUUCACAGUUGGGAAAUAAUAUAAGGAAUACAUCAGACAGUGAUGAAAAGCCUGGGCCAGAUCAGAGACCAUUUGAGGCUGUCAACCAAACAGAUGGCCCUAGUCCACAUGAUGAUCAAAGCCUUCAUAAGAUCUCUGUUCUGCCUGACGGCCCUCACGAAAAUGAAGUUCUUAGUCCUGGGGACAGUGUUGUUGGAAUGAUGAAACUUGUCCAGAGCUGUGGUUUUUGUGAUACAUCUUCAAGAAAUGGUGAUGUAGGAGGAGAAGGUGACAAGAUUGCGACACGAGAGGUGUCUCCAACUCGGUGGUGCGCAGUAACGGCCUGGCAGAGGAGACAGCAACAGCAGCAGCAGCAGGGAACUCCAGGCCACAGGAGUGAGGUGUCGAGCAUCGUGGAGAGUGCCGUGGACACCGAGGAUGGAUAUGAAGGAUAUGCUGGUGAUAGUAGUGAUUCAGCUGAUGAAUGUGAUUGGCUACAGGACCUAGACAUGCGGCGACCAUCUUUACCAAAGUUCUGGCUGAUCAUGAAGGUGAACCAAGGUGCAGUGACAACGUACUUCCACUGCAGGUGCUCUGGAGGGGAAGAGCAGUCUCCAUACAGAAAUGUUCAGCGUAACACAGUGGCUAGCAUCAAGCGACUGUGCAAGGUGGUUAACCAGACAAUGCUGCUGCAGAAAUUGCAUGACACCAGGAUUUGUGAUCAGUUGCUUGAACAAGACACUACUGAGGGCAGCUGGAAGCCCGGACAGGGUUCUGGGUCUGAUGCUGUACUAUCGCGUGCCAAGUCCGUGGAAGAAAGUCAGCGGCCAGAUACUCGAAAUGAAGCGCAAGGGAGCUGCCCGGAUCCAAGUCUGAAGUUCGCUCCAGGCUGGUUCUCCUGCAGUGUGGUGUGGGAGGCACAUUUCACCUUGCACCCACGUCUGAAAACGGGGCCAAGCAAACCUGGCUUUUCGCGUGGCAUACAGGCCUUGCAUGCUGUUCUAAACCGUUUCUCUGUUAACAACCGUAAAAAUAUGUUUGUAUAUCAGGACAAUUCUGGAAAAGUUUUCUACCUCAGGCUGCAUGAAAAUGUUCGCAGUCACAGCAAGUCCACCCCUCCAGGAGGUAUUGGCCGCUCUGACACAGAGGAUAAUCUGCCUGCCCCAGUGUCUCGAAGCUCUUCCAUUGCCUCCCUGAAUGCACGUAAACAAGUAGGUAGUGCAGCGGGAAUUCCAGUAACAAGUGAAGGUGUUCCUGAAGAAGGUGUAAGUCAGGCACAGGGAGGUGGACGGUCACGUGUUCAGUCCUUUGGCGAGAAGGAGCUUUACGUGCAGACUUCAUCAACAGGCCUGAGCUCUAGUGACGGUAUCGCUACAACCCCAACACCUUGCGUUACUCCACAGCCGAUGUUGCCUCGUUCUGAAGACGCCGUUGUCCUGAAGGUGCAUGGUAUUUCAGAAGCAGGUCCUGAGAUUAAGGAAGAGCUAGUACAAGUUCUUCAAAACAGACUGGAUGAUGCAGUUUUGGAGGUUUUGUCUGUUAUGCUGGCAAGGAAUCCUAUGUGCAAGCUUACACCUGAUGAUGUCCAUUUCAUACAAAAACCUUUAAAGGCUCCUGAAUCUGUGAUUCAAUUCUCAGUCCAGUCCAACCUGUUGCAGUUUCUGUACAUUCCAAAAUACACUGAUUCACGGCCAGAGUGCCAUUUCCAGGAUUAUUCAGAGCCAGAAACAUCUGCAAAGCGUGUCACGGAGGGAGAUCUGUUCCUGUACAACCAGAGCCCUGUAUCAGGCAGCAAAGGCAUAGCUUGCAUUGCUGUGGCAGUUGUGGAUGGUGAGGGAAAUGUGGCACAGCACCAGCACUACCCUAAACCUCGUUCUUCCGCCAGCCUCGAACCACCGAACUGCAGUGAAUUUCUGUCACUGAUCCUGACUGAAAUGUAUGAACGUGGGAUAAGCCACAACUGUACUCCAGGACCAGUAGCUCUGCUUGAGUUCCGAAUCUGGAAACAGGGCAAAGUGAACAAUGAAUCACUAACACAGAAGUUACAAGCCUCAAUUCGACAUGCCACGUGGGAUCUGCUCAUGGAAUUUCGCCUACUGACUGCUCCAUUAGGGGUAUCAUGUACUUCUGGAGGACUUACAUCACCGUCUGUUGCCCUCUCCCCGUCUGUGUCUGUUUACGCAUCUCCGCCAUCCACAUCUGCAACCACAUGUCAGCCUGUGGCCAGCCCAGAGCUGUCUACGCCUAGCAAAGCUAAGAAGACGGUGGGACCAGGUGACUCGAACAGCAUUCUUGAAAGGAAUGAUGGUCAGACUGGCUCCUGUACAAAAGGGAGCAAGCUGGAUCCACUGGAGAGCGGGGCGGCUGGUGUCUUGCACGAGAUGUACCGUGCCACUAUGAUGCCAUGGUUUGAAUUCGGUAUUGAGCUGGGGGUUCCAGCUGUCCGCAAACAUUCCGUUACUCUUACAGUGCGGCAUUCUCUGGCUGUGAUGGUACGAGAAAUGCAGAACCUGGUGAAUUUGAAUGCUAGUGAUACAACCCCAUUAGUAUUCUGGGGGCAUCCAUUUUCAGAGGAAGGAGGAGAUAUGGCAUAUAUUCCAGGUCCUUUCAUGGGGCCACAUUUUAAUGCUGGCACCUGCCACACAAUUGGGAUGAGGAGAGAAAGUUCAACAUGUCUGCUCCUAGGAAGAAAUUUGAUACAGUGGAAGGCAUGUGUGGCAGAAGAUGCUGUGUUUGAUCCAGAUGUUCUUGAUCCAAGAAAUGCACAAGAAGCAUUCCAGAAGUUUUCACCUUUGUUGCUACCAUCAGAACAGCCACCUUGCUUUGUGCCUCGUCAACGCCUCCUACUAGCAACUCUCACCAGUCAGAAAGUUGUUAUAUAUACAUACAACUGGUCAAAAGAACGAGUGGAGAACCUUCAUCAGCAAGCAACACAGCUAGGAUACUGGCUCAGUGCACGGUCGAGCCUCGUCACAAGUAUUGUCACCCAGAAGACGGGGCUGUUCCACAACCAGGAGCUGAUUCGCAAACAACGUACAAGUAGUACCAGAGUCAACACCACCACCACCACCACCACCACCUCAGUUGUUGAUAACGGUGCUCUUACACAGACUGCAGUGGCAAAAUCUGUGGGACGCAAGGUUUCAAAUCCAUACUUGACCAAUCUUGGCGAUGUAGAACAGCUUGUUAAGUUCCCCAUUGGUGUUGGUGCUGCUCAUAAAGAUUCAACAAGUCGGAGAGUUGGUUUCUCAACGACCUUGGGUUCUGCAAUGGCAUGGUGCGAUGCUUUCCGUGAUAGCAAGCCCAGGCGACCCGUUUCUAAGACUCCGACCAAUACUGAUCCUGUUGUUUGUCAUGUCCAGCAGAUGUUGGAAACACGACAGUUUGAUAAGAAAGCAGAGGAGCAGAAGAAGUUGUAUGUGAUGUGGCAGACACGAGGCGCUACUCCCAACAUCCCACUGGCCGAAGAUAUAAUCCACCUGUUCAAACAGAAUUCUCGGGUUAUUCAUUAUUGUCUAACACCGCUCCUCUUUCUACCUAGGUGGCGAGUACAAUCUGCGGCAACACGAGAUCAUGCACUCAGCAGUAUGACUUCAGCACCAGCACAGGCAGCUGCUCCCAGUCCAGCUUCAAAGGCUCAGCACUCCCAUCACUCUCACCAUUCCGUGCCACGAUCAGUGCAUGCUGGCACACCAUCACCUACACUGCACAGACAGUCUGAUGACAAAUGGCACAGUGACCUUUGUGCCAACUUUGUGCAAGAAUACAAGCAGUAUCUUCAGACGCUGGGUUUCAUCCCGAUCCAGACUGAGCCAGCAUCACCAAGAAAAGGGUUGAAGGGAGGUGCUAACAACUUGAAGGCUUCUGGGAGGGAUGGAGAAGACAGAAGAAAGGAGAACAAUGUGUGCUACCUUCAGAAGUCUCUGCUUGGAGGCAUUCUUCUCCUUGAGAUCUUACUUUGUGAACCUUUCUUCCAUGCAAAACUCCAUGCAUUAGAAUGCUCAAGGCUCCAGUCAAAAUCAUCCAGUGGCCUUAUCUCCCAGUUUACAUUGAGUUUCCUGGAUGAAUGUGACAAGAUUAAAAUCCUCAUGCAUCUGCACUCCUUCACGUAUGAUUAUCACCUCCGCAGUAUCUACAGUUACGUGUCCAGACACCAGGCUGUGCUGAAGCAAGGCUAUCACAUCACUCAUUUCCUUGAUGACUUUAUGAAAUAUUACUCAAAGGCACCAAACUUUGCCAGAAACCUUGUUCAUGCAGAUGUUUUGACGGUGCAUAAUGUGACGACGCCUGCCCGCCAGCUGUUCAGCUAUCUGCUUAGCAAUGAAAAGGCCUAUAACAUGGAGGUCUUUUGCAUGGUUCCUGUCCGUGUUGCAACAUUGCAUGAUUCCGACUGUGGAGAACAUGAUUCUGAUUCUAAUGACAAUGAGUAUGUACUUGUGCAGCUAGAGAGCACACGACAUGUCACUUACAGAGAUGUACAUGACAUGAAGCAUACAGACGACUUUGACGCAACUCUGAUUGUAGCGCACGAUCGAGAUGAUGAGUCAGAGCAGGGCAACCUUCAUAUCAAGUAUUACAUCAUACUGACAAGCAGGAGAGAACUUUACCCCAAACUUGAGAUGGAGCCCAAGCUAGGGAAAUUCUGCACUGUGUCAACGAGUUCUGUAACAACGCCACUGCAACUGGGGCAUGCGGGAUGCACUGGGGAGCUAGAUAAUGCUGGUGUUGGGUCAGGAACCAGAGAGUGGUGCAGUAGCCAGGUUGCAGAUAGUGACAAGGAUUCACUUCACACCGCGACCAGCGUCGAGCCCGUAUCUGAGGCCGUGUCAGAACCGGAUUGUGAGUCCAGUCAUGAGGCUGAUCAUGACACAAACUCCAGCUCAGAAAGUGUAGACAGCUCAGACCCUAACCCCGAAAGGUUGGCAUCGGUGCCUACACCUACACACCACAUCGAAAUCAGGCAAGAAGCUGUUAAUUACCUGGGGUACUACUCGUCUCAUGAGCAGCUCAUGCAGCAGUUGAUUCUGGAACAAGCAGACAGUGCAGUGCAGAGGAUAUAUUCAAUGGUGUCCCAGGGAAUGGUGCAUUGUCGCACACACCUGCUGUGGAACAAGCUGCAGUGCUCUGCUGCUCGUGACUCGGAGCGUCGUCGAGACAGAGAGCGGGACGAGGCGCCGCCCAGAGAUCUGUUGACAGGACAUGGAUUGACAUACAGUGAGUUUUGCGAGCUGCGAAAUCUUGCUGUUGUGGAGCCGUUGAGUCAGUUGGAUCCACGCCUUUCGCCACUGCUCUGUCAGCCCCUUUCCUGGUAUCAAGGAUUGGCCAAAGUGCUGACAACAAAAUACAUGGAUCAGUGCCGAAUGUUCGUAGCUCCAGAUGGCAACAUUCAACACAUCGUUUUUCUGCACUCUCGCUACGUAGAAGCCUUCAUGAUGCUGUCUGUCGACUUGCACACGUCACGUGGGGACCUUGCUGUCGUGUAUAAGAAAGCUGUGCCGAACAGAGAAUGUGACACUUCAGAUUGCCUUGAAUUUUGUUUAGCAGAAAUUCAGGCUCUGGUGGAAAAGUUUGUCAAUGCCUGUUGUUUCCACUUGUGGGUCGGCCUACUGUAAUGCAACAGUGCAGCAAACAUUUUUUAAACAGAAUUUACUAGAAGGACCAGGAGCUCGGAUGAAGAGAAUGAUUUUUUUUCAAAUGCCGGUAAUGACGUAGGUGUAUUCUUUGGGGUGACCGUUUAUUCAUUCCAGAGUAGUUUUCACAAUUAUGUGACGUAAUAUUGUAUUUAUCCAUAUAGUGCGUGCACGGAGCUGUUGGAAAUUCAUUUGCAGUCUGUGAGACACUGAAGAUUUUAAAAGAAGGAAAACAAAUGGGGAAUUGUACCGUGACCAAAAAGCGUGAAAAGAAUGGUCUGUCUGCGCAAAGUAGUGGUUAUCAGCAGGCCUUUUGUGGGCGAAAUAACAGUUUUAUUAAUAUUUAAAUAAGAGGCGGCACUUUAGCAUCAAGCAGAAAGCACCGGGCGAAGGCGCGAGAAACUCUGAAAGAGAUUUUAUCUCUCAAGGAUCCUGGGUUCAUUUCAGAAGUUCCUUAAAUUAAAUUAAAUUAUUUUAUGUGUAAAACAGAGAACACGAGGUUCCAAAAUGCGUACAAAGAAUAAAAUGUUAACAUUUCUAACGUAGUUACUGGUAUGAGAAAAUCGCUCUUACAUCUGUUCACACAUCAGAAAUGGCAUUAGACGCGGUAAUGAAUGAGAAAUGUAAGAAAAUAUUUACGAUCUGAAAGGAUGGCUCCUGGGGACCACCCACUGAGCCCCGCAGGAAAAAUAAAGCAACAGAAAUUGCAACUACUGGGUGAACGGAGCAGGCGCACCUGGGGCUGGAUACCAGUGAUCAUGUUAUUAGAGAUUGUAAACGGUUUAGGUGAGUGUGCUGAAGAUUUACUUUGGUACAUGACUGCAGCCUCAGUGGGAAUGAAGCAUAAUAGUAAUUAUUUCUAAUUUUAUUUCAUGCUCUUUUCGUUUUGUCAGCGAUUGUGUGUACGUUCGUACAUUCGUAGAGUGGGACUGUUCACCCUGAUCUAAUUUAUCAUCAGUUUUGCUCGAUUUCAACUUUUAUCAUUUGAUAGCAGGGAAUUUAAACCUUUGUACUGCAGGGCCGCUGUUUGGGGUUAGUGGUUUAGCAGAAUGCUAGUGCGAUCUGCAGCCUGUGAGACGGCACGGAUAGUGAAGGUCGAUAUUAAUUUAAUUCAGUUCAGGGAUUUGUAUGUUCUGUUUCCAGUUUUUCUUGGCAGAAUAUAAAUUUGGGGUGCGCAGAUUUUUUGCAGACUCGUGGUGUAUGGAUAAAUAUGGUAUUGGCAAACAGUGUUCCAUGUUGUCACCGUGAUUUGAUGAUAUAUUUCGCAUAACGUAUUUCUUAAUUCUUUAGUAGUUCACAACUAUGUUUUUAAAUAUUAGAAGUGGAAUAGAAUGUUUCAGGAUUUUUUAAUACUUGGAGAAUGAAAAGGAGUUUCGGACGUUGUGAGGUCAUUUUCUUGAUAGAGCCGUGAGGCUCUCAGUUGGAUGUGUUACAUACUUUGUAAAUAGAUAUUGAUGUAUGUGAGAUGUUGCUGCCAUUAUUUUAGUACGUAGUGGCGAUGUUCAUAUGUUUUUAAGGAAAUUAAUUACACUCCUGUGAUAAAUUCAAUGCAGCGGUUCCCUCACAUUUUUGUUCACUGGAAGUCGAAGAAAAGAUUCAUGUCUGUGUAUAUGAUUGUACUGUAUUUAUUUACUAUAUCCAGAGUCAGCAGACGGAAUUUGUUGUUGAUGUACCUAAUUAAUUAAGUGUACAUAUGUAAAAUAUAUGCGACAUACAAUAGCACCUUCGGCAUCAACGUUCCACGGUCGCGAAGAUAAAUUUGUCUUCUGAGUGAAGAAUUUCGCUGUGUGAUGAAGUAAUUGGUGAGUUGUUUGAGCUGCGUUUUAACCUUGGCUCCAUGAACUACCUGUGAUGUAAUGAAUUGAACUGAGAUGCCCGUGGUAGGAUACUGUGCUGAAAUACUAAUAACAGGAAACCAAGGUAGGGUCGGUACCUUGCCAGUUUCUUUUGGAUAAUCUGAAAUAUUGAAAUGUAAAGGGGCAAUGUUCCAAGACCCUCGUUGCAUUUAAGAAUGACAACUGAAACUAAAUGCAUGCGCAACAGUUUCCUUAAAAGAGAAAUGUAGCGUACUUGUGGUUAUUUGGGGAGGGGGUCCUGUUUUUCUUUAAUUGAAUGUUGCGCGUAGCGUUAGUAGUUGGACUGUCAUGUUACUUAAGUUAUUUCUGUGUCAGUGCAGUAUAUGAAGAAGAUUUGUUGUCAUCCAGUGUGGAUCGUAGUCCUGUGGAUUGUGACACCAACAUUUCAGAGGGACAUUGGUGACCUCCUGUGGGGCUGAGCCGUGUCACAGCCCAGAAGACUGCGAUCCCAAUUUUGACCGCCACGAGUACCUCAGAUCUCACUACACUUGAAUCAGAACUGAACUAGGGAAAAUUCAGUGAAUUUUUGUUGCAGUGAACGAAGGAAUGCUAAUCAGACUGCCGUAAUUAUGCCAUUCUAACCUUAAUGACGGUGAAAAAUUGUUUCACUCUGAGGAAAUGUCGUGUGAAGGAGGAAUGUUUUUCAAGAAUGUGGCUCACUAAUUGUAAGCAUAAGCUCACGAGAAUCUGCCAUUCAGUCAGAAAGAACGCUGUUCUUGCUUUACAUAUUUCGUCUUAAAGAGGGUUCAUCUGAAUUUGACCGUCGGAGAAAUCCAUCCACAGAACGCUGCUUCUGAAUCACUGCUGCAGAAUAAUGACUGAUGGUGGUUCUGCAUUUAUUAUAUUUAAAAGAGAGUCAGAGAUAAAAAUUUGGUGGGAUUUUAUAUUUUCCCUGGUUCAUUUCCUUACCAUUAUUCUCAAAUAAACUCUAUUUGAUAUAUCUUUUUAUCUUCAUAUAAAUAUAUGUAAUCUAUCACAUGGUUUACUUUCUCUUCAGAAUUUUGGGUAUUUUGUGUAUUUUGUUCUAGACUUGUUAAUAUAAAUGUACAUGUGUACUAUAUAAUUUAGUUUGUAGCUGUUACGUGUCUGUAGAAAUGAUGUGCUUAAGUAAUUGGUUAAAAAUUGUAAUUUUAUUAAAAUGUGUACAGAGCAUCAGCAGCCUUUAUGAGUGAGCCAGUCGCGACGAAAGCACGAAGAAAAUGUGCACAAGACACUGCGCGGAGGAGCAGGACUGAAUGAGGUGAGAUUGCUUUUAUUUCGCGUGUUCGUCGGCUCUGAUGAUUUUUCCGCGCGGACGGUCCCCAGAUGCAAAAGCAUUCAAAAAACAUUGUGGACUUGCAGUCAUGCAGACACGUGAAUUUCUGGAAGCUUCUAGUACCUUCAUAUUUUGAGAGUCUUCUUCUGUACAAUUGAAAUCAACUAAAUUUGAAGAUAUAACAACUCCUCGUUACUUGGCUACAGACGUUAAAACUAGAGGAUAGAAAUAUUGUAGAGGUUUCUUAAAUAAUUGAAUAACCAUUUUCUGCUAAUGCUCAAUCAUGUACUAGAUUAAAAUCGUGAGUUUCUUUUUGUUUCAAAUUAAAUGGACGAGGCAUUUCUACAUGUACCUGCAGUGAUUUUUUUAAAAUCUUGAAGUUACGUGUCGCUCGUCAGUUUCACCUCUAGCUCUAGGGCCACUGUGUACAUUACCGCAAAGUUUUAUCCCAGAAUUUUAAGUGUCAGAGGUAUUUAUGUAUCCUUUUUAUGUAUUUUUUAAAUGCCAAAAAAUUUAUUUUAGAAUACUAACUAUGUUUAAUGUACAGUAACCUAUCUUAUAUUUUAUCGUCCUGUCACGGAGUUAUUCGGGAGCACGUAACAGAUUGGAUUUACUACGAUCGGCACGCUUUCUAUCAAAUAUAAUUUAGAUGAACGUGAAGAUUGUCAAAUGAACCAAAACCGUAGGAGACAUUUGAAAUAUGAGGCGGUUUCUAGGAUAACUAUGAAUUUCGUAUUUUAUCAGUGAUUUAACCUAGUUAUUGGAUAACUGCAAAAGCGUGCUGGCCCGAUGACCUAUUAUCUUGCAUGUGUCCUCUGCCAACUGUUUCUCCUGUUUUUGAACAGAUUAAACAGUCGUCAGGUUCAUUUAAAUUGUAUUUGACAGGCGCCUGAAGAUGACCACAUGAUCUUCAACAUGUUAUUGCAUGUCAUGUUGAAGAUAAUGUUCUAACUGUGUGUUAAUAAUAAAUCCGCUUUCCUGUGCGGCAGAAGUGUUCCUAUAUUAACCCGCUGCAAUUUAACUGAGCAACACUUCAAGUUGUGUAUUUUGCUUUGUUUUCAUUUGGGCUGUGUUUCAAUCAGAAUAUUUGGUUAAUUAAUGCUACGAAUUAAUAUUACCUUGUAAUUAAACAAUAUUUCAAAACAUAAACAUUUCUUUCUUGUAUGCCUAAUAAAUAUGUGUGCGCCUAUUGUUUUCCUUAAGACGCUAAAAGACAA